AUGACGCGACCAAUCUCUUCGAGGACAAAGGCUCUUUUGGAUCGGUUAAUCAGGGUUGACCAUGCUGGUGAGCUCGGAGCAAAGUACAUUUAUGAAGGACAGCUAGCUGUCUUAAAAAACACGAAGUCAGCCCCAAUAAUCCAGGUAACGUCGACGUUAUAGAAUCAAUUAAUGCGUGUGGCAAACUAGAGCUGCUAUUAUUGCUUAGAUCUACAAGUUCUAAUUUCAUGGCCUAUAGGAUAAUCUAUGCCCGUUGUGCCACGACGCAGCGCGUAAUGUCUUGGUAAAUAGCCUCAUCGCCGGCUGUCCAUUUUCGUCUACCGGUAUUAAUUCUUAUCAUCUGAAUUGAAUGCAAGGGUUUCGCAAGACAAAAUUUCGGAUCCCGCCGUCAAUAUUUCUUUGGUCCAGCCCCACAGUAACAAAGGGCGACACUUCGCACAGUGUUCCCUUAGCCCACGAAACGCCUCGGACGAUCCUAUUUAUUGUGGUGAUGGGAAGGAUUUAUUUCGCUAUCGGACCUCCCAAGCGUUGAUAAUGGCGUCUAUUCUCGAUGUUUUGUCCUUUGACAGACCUCUUGGUUGUCUUUUAAGUGUUUUAUUCCACGUUUUACCUCAGGCCUGCCACUGGACCACGUUCUAAGACGCCGAGAAAUUGCGAUUCUGACAAAUAAUUGCCAAGGGCUGCCGGAUUGUGUUUAGUGUGUUAUUCAUUUGGAAGUUUCUAGACGACAUUUCAGUAACGCCGCAAUUUUUCCCCAACAGGGCCACCUCAAAUAACCGUGUUUCGACAUUUUAGCAAAUGCUGGAUGGAGAAAAGCGCCACCUCAAAACCUUCGAAGAGCUCAUCCCGAAGAACCGCGUUCGUCCGACGGCACUUCUGCCACUUUUUCGUAUUGCGGCAUAUGGUCUUGGCGUCGCUACCGGUUUACUUGGUGAGAAGUCUGCGAUGGCGUGUACGGUAGCCGUCGAAUCAGUUGUGGGAGACCACUACAAUAACCAGAUUCGGGAACUCCUCCAGGAAGAUCCAAAGGCGCACACUGAACUCCUGGAGGUAUUGAGAUCCCCGUUUCGUGUCUAAGUUUCUCGUUUCUUCCCAUGGUUAUUAUGUUUCUUCCAUCUUACUCUGCAUUAUCAACCUGAUCUGUAGAUACUCAAGCAGUUUCGCGAUGAAGAGAUGGAACAUCAUGAUACCGGCCUUGCGAAUGACGCAGAAAUGGUGAGGAAAUACUUCGAUAAUUUUUCUUCUUACUAUUACCCACUAGCACAACUCCUUGAUCUAGAUAAUAAUAACUUUUUAUUAAAUACCCGUCGUGGUCCCAUCAGAGUUAUUUGGUUAACUACCUGUUUUAUGCUUGCGGCGGCUACUUCGCCAGCACUCGCGCAUACACAGCCUCUUCUAGUGGUUAAUCCUGCCCCGAUAUCCACAUCGUCAUAGAUGAGAGCUGUCCACAUCUAUACCUUCAGAGGUCAUGGUCAAAGUGACAUGCUAAUCCACAAUGCCGAGGAUUCUGGCGGAGUGCCAUUUGCAACGUUUUUCGAUCUUUCAAGUUACCACGACCACUGUGGCUCCAAUUCUGAGAGGGUUCUGGAGGGCAGAUGUCGCGGAUAAGUCCGUUAUCAGACCACUUAAAACUUGUGCCUGGUACGGCUGCAAUCAUGUCUGAUCUAGCUGGCCUCGAUGAUGUCCUGAACUCUACCUCUCCACGCGUGACGAUCCGUGAUAGCAGCUGUUGACAGUUCAACUAAUUCUCUCUGCCAAGGACAGUGACCGAAUACCGAAGAUUCAAGAACCACCUCCAUGUCUUGACGAACUGUGUCGAGCCAGGUUUUGAGUUGACUCCCUCGUCGACGCCUUAAAUGGGGUAACGGCGCCGGAUCGAGCGCAGUAACACUGACCUCAUGAAGUGGAUGACGAAGUACAUACCAAAACCACCUCAGUCACCUUUCUUUGAUGGUCUGGGUUAUCCUUGCGAUGUCGCUGCGAGCGCAGACUGUAUCAUUUAAGACAAAGUCGCGUAGUUCACCCGAAGGAUGUUCCUCAAGCAGUGGUGGUCAACUACCUCCAGUUUUCGAUCGUUCUCCACGCGCACAGCCCAGCAUUCACAACCAUAGUGAACGACAGACCGGACAGAUGCACGGUACACGCGAAUCUUAGUGGCGAUGGAGAGGUCGCGUCGGAUCCAUAGGCGUUUUCUAAGGCUCGAAAAAAGCCGUCGGGUGGCAUCAAUUCGGGGCAUAAUGCCGUCCUCACUCUGCCCAUUUGGCAGUAACCUCGCCCCGAGGUAUUUGAAGCUCUCUUAUUCUUUAUGUUGACAGCCAUUAAUCCAGAGAGGUGCCUUCUCCUGGUUAGGGAUGCAUCUUGAAAACACUUCAAUCUUCGCAGCGUUUAUGGAUAAACCGACUGAUAUAGCGACCCCGUUCACCCGUGAUACCAUAGACUGCAGAUCGCCAAAACCCAAAGCAAGUAAGCCAAUAUCAUUGGCGUAGUCGAGAUCAGUCACCUGGUGCCCGAGUGCAAAUCCAGCACCGUCGCCUUCGUGUAGGGCCCUCCUGAGAAUCCAGUUAAUAGCGUAGUUGAAAAGAAUGGGCGACAAAAUACAACCCUGUGGAACACCAGACCGAAUACCAGACAGUUGGGAAAGAUUGUUGCGGAUCACGACUCGCGUGGUGGUGGAUCGAUAAUAGGCCUUGGUCAUGACAGUGAUUUUUGGCGGCGUACCAUCUAGUGCCAUUAUCCGCCAUAGGGACUCACGAUGGACGAGAUCGAAUGCAGUGGCGAAGUCAGCAAAGCAGGCAGCCGUCGGUUGCUGGUAGCCAUGGCGAAAUUCGAGAAUGCGCUUUAGUGUGAAUAGCUGGUCCGCGCAUCCACGUCCAGUACGAAAUCCGGUUUGUUUGGGCCUCGUCCUAGAGUCACGAACAGCCUGGAAUCGCCUGAGUAGGACAAUAGCUAUGAUCUUCGCACCAACGUCGAUGAAGCUUAUGCCUCGGUAUAUCUCGCAUCUUGUCUUAUCUCCCUUCUUGAGGAUAGGUGCAAGGAUGCCUAAGCCCCAUUCAUCAGGAGCAACCGCGUUUCUCCUCGCUUGUUCAAUCACCUCAUGGGGCCAGGGCGCCAGAGUGUUGACACGAGACUUGCAGAUUUCGGCGGGUAUACCGUCCUCUCCGGGUGCCUUGUUGUUGCGCAGUUUUCGUGUGGCAUCGGCGACUUCUUCUGAAGGUGGGUAGCAUAUCAUUGCAUAGGUUGGAAAGGGGAGAAACUCUGCUUCAGUGGAGAGCAAAGGCGAGGUGGGUUGGGUAUCGAAGCCGAGAUGGUGCUCGAAGUGCUCAUACCAGCGCUCGACUUUGGCGAGUUGUCAGCAAUGAAGCCGUCAUUCACGUCAACAGAGUCAUUCAGUGUAGAGGGCUCACCACCAACUUGGCGGAUAUGUUGAUAGAGUUUUCAAGGCCUGUUCGAUGGAAGUCGCUAUUUCAGCCGAAUAUUGCUUCCGGUUAUCCCUGGCGGAAUUUGUCGUCAUCUUUCGAAGUUAGCGGAAAGAAUCAUAACUACGAGACCUGGCCCAAGCCAUCUAAGCAGACAACUGCAGGCCUCUUCCGCUGAUUUAGUCACUGUGGUGUCGUUGGGUAUAUCCACGGAUUUUAUCAGCUGCCUCAUAGACUAACGUUUUCAUUUACGACCACUGCCAUCUCCGUCUUCUGGGGUCGUAAAACAGGACCAGAUUUCUAUGCUCGCGGCCCCGACAGUGCUGGUUUGCCGGUUUUUUGCGACAUCGUGGCGUCUAGGAUGUGAUAUUUUCGGCGCGUAUAAGAGGUGAACCUUCAAGCGUAUACGAACAAGUACAUGUCCGGAGCCGUAGGCUUUGCCAAUCUGGGCAUCACGCAUCGAUCUGCUAUCGUAAAUCCGGCUGCGGAACCUUCAGCUGACGAGUAUGUGGUCUAUAUGACUGGUCGUAUGACCGUUGUUUGAAUACCAGGUCAGAAGAUGUUUUUUGCGAUGCUGAAAACGUGUUGCUGACAAGUAGUCGGAUAUGGUCAACAAAGUUCAGCAAUCUCUUGCAAUUUUCACAUCGGGAACCAAGCCCAAAGCGACCAAGAAGAUGAUUGUGCAGUCGUCAGGUCCUAUUAAACCAUUCCGAUCCCCGGCGACAAUCAGCAGAUCGCGGCAAGAUAGUCUUUCAACCGACGCUUGCAACUGCAAGUAAAACGCCUCCUUAUCGCUCUGUUUGGCAGCUGAAGUUGGUGAGUACACAGAGACGAUGGAGAUGUUUGUUAGGUGACCUUUCAGUCGCACGUAGGCCAUCCGGUCAUUGACUGACACCCAAGCUAGUAACGCGAGAUCCGAUUGUUGCGAGAGGGCGAUUACCACACCGUAUCUACCGCGGACCUCUGUGGUACAGGGAAAAGUGUAAUUCGGCUCCAGGGAUCUUCCUUUUUACGAGAGCUUGAGUCAGGAAGUCGAACAUCAAACGGGCAGCAGACAUGCACGUUGUACUGAUUAAGGCUGCGCGCGGUCAGACUGGGUACCGGGGUCCGGUAACGUUCGCACGUCCUAGCAUUUAAUAUCAAGAUUCCGCCCCUGAUUUAAUAGGCCAGCUCGCAUACUAUUCGCCACACCACUGAAUCAGGGCUGCUGAACGCGUCGGUUCCAGUGGACGCCGUAGCAUGAGUCGUAAUACUGUGAUCGGACAUGUUUUAUGGGGUUUCUUGGGAAUUUGCGAUACAGGCGGGUCCUCAACAGUCGCUCGGAUUGUUUGUUCGAGGUUGUCUCCUAUAGCGCUUUGACUUAAAAGCCUAAUCACAAGGCAGCGGUCGCCUUGUCGCAAUGCCGUCGUCGGGCUUUACGGCUUUCUUUUAAGGCUUUCAGCGCACUCCGUACUCUGGUAGGACUGCCACUGUUAGUCCGCGACUACGCAUUCAUCAGACUGGGUCUGCUUAUUUAUCAACUAACCGUCCCACUAUCCGCCACCUGUGGACGCGCCGGGUAGCUAGCAGCUGGGCCAACGGGCAACUCGUCUUCCAGGCGCUCUUUUAUUGCUACAAGCCUGCAAAAUUUCACGUCAUAGAUCUGGUUCCUCAACCGAUUCCACGGUAUCUUCUGGAGAUAACGGUUGCCGAAAUUCUCUAGUUUUUGCAAGUAAGCAGAGCAGAUCCACCACCUCUUGAUUGUGGUCUUAUACGUCCCCGUCCUCUCGUUCUGUGGAUGUCAUAGCUGAGAAGAUAGAACAUGCAGCACUUUUCUUCCUCCAGGCAUCGUAAUGACAGGGAAUUCCUGUGCGGUUUAUCCACCGGCCCGACUUCAGCCGGGGCUUUGUUGUUUCCGAAGCGUAGAACCACGGCUCAGAUAUCGACGGCUUAUGUUGGCGGACUGACUGUGACGAUUGUCUCACCAAGCGCUGUUUGAGACUUCCAGUUAAGCAAUUAAACGAGGUGCCCUUUGUGCCAUGGUUACGACUCAGUCGACCGGAUAACUACAAGAUCUUUGUUCACAUUGGUCGUCUGGUUGGCCUCAGCAUUCUCUCCCACCGGAUGCCAAGGAUGCCCCACUGGCGAGGUCUCAGUAGUGGCGUUCUUGAAUACGGUCAGUUGCCAUCUGUUAACAAUUGCCGAGUGUUUCUGUGCAUCCCAGCCUGAUCUCUCAGACACACCGGUUCUCCACACUACCCCGGGAGGUAGGUGCAUUCGUGCUCUCACGACCUAUAGGCCCUGCCGGUCACUGUGUCUGGCAUUAAGUAAUCAUUGAGAGUGAAGUUGGCCUAUUGUCUUCUGCAAAACUGAAACAUCGACCGCCAUCAUCACCAACAUUGCCAUCUGGCCUUUGCCGGUCCACCCGUUUUGAUGUUCUUCUCCCGUCUUAUUGUUGGUAGGAGGGCUUGAGGAUAGAACCUCAGCGGGGUCACCCUUAACAUUUUUCUACUCAUCGUAGUUUGUAAUAAUGGUCGGGACACAGAAACUGCCCUUGUAUAUAUAAUAGUGCCCUUUAGCUGUGUGGAGACGCGGGUAGGCUCUCAUUCCACAAACGCCUCAUUCAGCUUUUGGUGUACCAUGCAUAUCAUACCAUGUCUCACGCAGAGCACCGUACUAAAACUGGUUAUCGUUGGAUUCUGACUGUUCUCUCUCCUGCGUCUCGAACGGACGUUCCACAGACUGAUAAUGUCUGUUGCCCACGGGGGACGCAUCGUCCGUGAUUGUCCGCCCUCUUUUGACGCUGCUCAGGUCUCAACAGGCAGGGCAGAUGUCUCCUUCCUUACGAGGAAUUUCAGUUAACCUAUAUGGAGUACCACUCAUCGCCAAGCACUAAUCACAUCGGCUCUUAAAGAUGCGCCAGCACGAAUCACUUUCGGCUACUUGGCGGAAUGUGGUGCUGAUGAAAUUCUCCAUCCCGCCUGACUAUUCGGUUGGGUCCUAUUCCCUAGUCGACGCCUUCCUUGAUGACAGCCAGCAGUCCUCAUGUUGUUUCGUCUGGCGUGUAGCCUUUGAAAGUUAAGGUGCCAACCAAGCAUAUCGGCAUCACUAUUGCAGUUGGCAACGGUUUAUUCAUCAGACCUUAGAAUGUAUUGCAGACAGUUGCUGCACAUUUUCAUGUGGUUUAUGAAACCUGUUCUCUGCAUUUCAUCGAAGUUGUUGGCAGUUGAUUAGGCUACUAAGCCAGAAAUGGCCAUUCCAGUCCGCCGCCCUCUUUGUCUCUGUCGGUAAUCCCACCUUGCAUAUAUCGCUGCCCUCUACGUAAUUGCUAGUGAAGUCUACAUAUUGAGCCCUAGGGCGCAACGGCACGAGUAUGACCCGCGACCGGAUUAACCGGCGCCCUGCAAAAAUUGUUAGUACUCCUAUCGCGGCAGAUUAGGGCUUUGUUAGACUCUUGCCACUAUGACCAUGAGGUCCAGUUCUGAACAGGAAGAGGGGAUAGUGGGACGCCAGUCGGCGUGUCUAAACGCACUGCAGUGAGCCGGAAAACAAGAUUGCCGAACUACAAUACCUCCGAUGGGUAUUCAAAGCCAAUGGCUACCCGCGCAACUUCUUCAACCUGUGCAUACGCAAAAGGGACGAAAGGCCUAACCGCACGGACACCAAAUCUUGGCGGGAGCUUCCUUUUGUCAAGAACGAUUCGGAAGCUGUCGGCCGCCUUCUCGCGCCACUUGGGGCUGGAGUUGGACACAGACCGGAGGCAACCAUCAGGCGUCUGGUAAUGAAACCGAAAGACCCGCUGCCACGGCUAGAAACGUCUGGAGUCGUUUAUCGGAUCUGGUGCAGUUGUGGACAAAACAACUACGUCGGGAAAACGGGAAGACAGCUCCGAACGAGAAUGACUGAACACGCUGCAGCGGUGCGGAGAAAUGACGCCAGCUCUCAAGUUGCGGCUCAUUCGACGAGGCCGAAAUUCUCGGAAGAGGUGGCAACCGCGUGAGCCGGGCGCUGCUUGAGUCAUGGUUUACUGGUCUCAGUCCAUAACAAGUGUAAUGACUUUCGCCUUCCAUACUCGGUGCUGAGACUUUGCCUAGGGGGAGUAAUUAGCCACGCGGGAGCGCACAAGUAAGCACUUUUCCCAACGCCAGGAUAGGUGAGUCAGAUGGUCGAGCAAUCAUCACGCCAACAUCCAACGCACGUGAUGAAAUUGCAGCAAUUAACGACGCGAAUGUCGGCCAUCAAACAAUUACCACACGGAGUGUGACGAUCCCGGAUGAUGGGGGAAGCCGUGAUUGUUCAUAGGUAUGCGGUAGCAUAGCGACUGCAUCCUAUAAAUACUGCGGUCCCAUGUGCAUGAAUCACCCGCAUCUGCCGUUGUCUCUGAUGAUGCGUUCGAGCAGGAAUCCGAAACGUUAGGCUAAUAAAGCUCUUCUCCCAACGAUCGUGUCUCGUUCUUCAAGUUGGGAGGGUGUUGUGUUCUGUACAGAACAAUUAGAAAAGAGGUUGGUAGGGGUUGCCAGUCGGAUGAGGGCACGUCCGACGACGCGAGAGCGGCGUCCGCGAGUGUGAGAUAGUGGGCCAAUCGUCCAGCGCCUUCAGAGAGCUCAUGUCUGAGCCAGCUUAGAAGAUGAUUGGACAGUCGGCAUUUGCCGAAAACCAGAGCGCAAUUGCUGCGCACUUACAAGUAGUCGUGAGAGGCUCGGCGUUACAACAUGGUCCCGGGGAUGGGCUACUACACUCUCGACCGCCACCGAAUAAGACAGAGGCUCAGUGGUAGAGCGUUGGACUACUUAACGCAUGACCAAAGAACCUGGGUUCGAGUCCUGUUUUGCGCCAACCUAGCUGACGACGUCUAAUAGGCGAAAAUGGCCAUUCCUGUUUCCAUUAACAUUGUCUGUACUUCCUCUCCUGCAUAAUUAAGGAAUUUUGCGUGAGGUGGUUCUUAAUUUUAUUAUGUAUCUCACUGGCUAGGCGGGAGAGGAGGGGUAAUCCUCGGAUCCUCCUUCCGUUUGUAUCUCCUAAUUGCUGACAUCAUUUCCUCCAUUUGAUUUCCUGAUCGAGAGUGAACUGUGAACUGCAUGCCGACCAGUCCUCAUAGCCUCCUCUACUGGCAUGUGUUGUGCACCACAAGUUGGAAGCUCAGAAUUCACUUCGAAGUCUUUUCAAUCUUGUUGCUAAGGUGGAUGAAAGAGAAGGGAGGCAGGUUCCAUAAGCAGCCUCUUUAUUCCGCCCAGGCUGGAUAACGUGAUGUCCAGCGCGCCAAAGCCCUAACGGUUUUGGAACACCCUGGUCUGUAAUGUGCUACUCUUGGAUUGGCUGUUUCUUGCGCGAGAACUCCUCGUGGAAAAAUCGCGAAUCUUUUGCCGGUCACGGAUUGGGCCGCACGCCUGAACAAAGGCCUCUCGCCUACUCGGUGACCCAGUACGCGCUGAUUGGCUAGUUGAUUUCACGCGUGCAUUUCGCAAGCGGCUUGAUCUUCUGUGUUGUGCGCUGUCGCGUUUUUAUUCCGCUUUAGCUUAUGACUGCAUUCCGUCUUCCGAGACAUCCGUAUUGUCCUGUGGCCACCUGCGCUUUAAACGAACAAACCGCGACUUGACUGGCACUGAGUACAUUGUGACGUAGAAGUCUCGUAACUUCUGUCCACGACUUUAGUGAUUAUUACUGGAACUUGUGGAAAUAUCUAUAACCUGUGCCCGGGUUAAGCAUCCCAAAGUCUGGCCCUCUAUUAUCUCUCUCGUAAAACUUAAAAUAUCUUACGUCCAUCUUCUAUUCAACAAAACCACCACAGCUGUCAUUCACGAUAACCCCUGUCCAUUCCUCAAUUGCAGGCUCCUUUUUACCGGUACCUCACAAAUGUAAUAAAACUCGGUUCGAAGAUCAGCAUCGGAAUUGCCGAAAGGAUCUAA